GGUUACUAAUCUUCUGCUGCAUGGGUGAAGAGAGCAGUUUGCCUGAAGUGGGACGGGCAAUAAGGGGAAACUCUGGCCCCGUCCCGUCCUCCACUUUAAAUGAGCGCUCUGAUCAGGCAGGAGUAAAAAUCCAGGUGGAACAGUUCAGCGCCUGCACACACACCCGCUGGUCCAACAUAGUUUUUCAAUAAAAGAUUAAGGACUCGGGGUUAAAUACUGCGCAAGGAAUUACUUUUGUUUCAACUCCUGUAGAACUAUUUCACCUUCUAAGGUUGGGAGGUUAGACAAGGACAUCCGGCUGACCUGCUGAAGCAGCACACCACCCAUCAUGAGCAGGGCAUCACUCACUGCUGUCUGCCUCGCGCUCCUCCUCUCCUGUACUUGCUGGGCCAAGCCUGGUGGAUCAAAGAGCAAGAAACCAAAGCAAGUUGUUCCAGACAUACAGUGUGAUGUCAGAGCAGGAAAGAUCAAUCUCCCAGAGUUCAUAGUCAAAUGUCCCGCACAUUGUAAGGAGACAAAGCAGCUGGUCUAUGGGACAGGCGUGUUCGCCUCCAUCUCCAGCAUCUGCAACGCAGCCAUACACAGUGGCGUCAUCACCAACACAGGAGGGAAGGUGAUAGUGAGGAAGAUGGCCGGGCAGAACAUCUACAGAGGCAGUAAUGCCAACGGAUUGCGCUCUCUGUCUCUACCUAAGUGGAGGGAGUCGUUCGUUGUCAAAGUGGGGAAGCCCAAGAAAGGAGUGAUCUACCCAUCUACUCUGGACUACGUCCCUACAAGACCAACCUACGUAAAACCAAGUCAAAAGGAGGCAACACCGACAACACCUGAACCCACCACAACUACACCACCUGAACCCACCACCACCACCACACUGGCUACCACCACAACCACCACCACUACACCUCCACCACCACAGACCACUGCCAAGCCACGAGCUGCUGUAUAUAAAGUCAGGGAUGCAGGCAGCAGUCACCCAUACCUUGCCUCGGUGGCAGCUGCAAGUUCAAGACAGUCACAGAAUGGUCAAGGAAAGAGUCCCAGCCAAGUACUCAGAGGAAGUGCCUAUCCGAAUAGAUUCUCACAGCGUGCCAGUGCAGGCCCGCGCAGACCAGAGGCUGAGACAACCAUCAGGAGACAGCCAUCCUCUCCAGUUGGUCCAGCUUUUAACAGGGUUCAGCCAGCUCUGCCCGAGCGGACUCCAAUCAUGAGCCAGUCAAACCCCGCUUUUCCCAGAAGGGAUUGGGCGCCUUCCUCCUUUCCUCGUCCUGAUUGGUUCCCUGGAGCUCGACGAACAGCAGUUGCUGAUGCCUCCACCUUCUCUGCUGUACAUUCAGACAUUAGUUUUGCAGCUCCAGACUCAGGAUACACGUGGAGUGAGACGGACACACCUGAGAUUACGGCUCGGGAUCAUAUCAGGCCUGAUAUCUCAGAGUACGAGCGCUGGUUUUAUAACUUUGGACCGUACCUGCCUCGCUCCACUGACUCAGAUGUCAACCGCAAAGUGCCAUUGGAUACAACCCAUACUAGAGUGGAGCCAGUGGAUGCCUGGAAGCCAGAUGCAAACCCUUAUGAAUCAGGCUUCAGCGUGAGGGAGCAGGAACCUGUACCCAGAGCACCUGAGCCCGUGUCACAGGGAGACCCAAAUUGUAAGGUUGACCUGGCCUUCCUCAUGGAUGGGAGCUGGAGCAUUGGCAAGAGGCGAUUUAAGAUCCAGAAAGACUUCCUGUCUGAGGUUGCUCAGACCAUCAACGUGGGUGUGGCUGGACCCAUGAUGGGUCUCAUCCAAUACGGGGAUGACCCCGUGACAGAGAUCAGUCUGAAGUCUUACUCCAACUCCAGAGAGGUGAAGUCAGCCAUAGAAAAGAUUGCACAGAAGGGAGGCCUCUCCAACGUAGGAAAGGCCCUCUCCUACAUCAACAAGCACUACUUCAGUGAUAGCAAUGGAAACCGAGGCGCAGCUCCUAACGUGGCCGUGGUCCUGGUGGACGGCUGGCCCACAGACAAGGUGGAGGAGGCGUCCCGGCUCGCUCGGGAGUCUGGCAUCAACAUAUUCUUCGUCACCAUCGAGGGAGCUGAUGACAACGAGAAGCAAAAUCUGAUUGAGACCAACUUUGUUGACAAGGCUGUGUGUCGGACAAACGGCUUCUUCUCCCUGCCCGUGGCCAGCUGGUUUGCUCUGAGGAAGGCCGUGCAGCCCCUUGUGAAGAGAGUGUGUGACACAGACCGCCUGGUGUGCAGCAAAACCUGCCUCAAUGCCAACGACAUCGCCUUCGUCAUCGACGGCUCCAGCAGCGUCGGUACUGGCAACUUCCGCACGGUGCUGCAGUUUGUGGCCAACAUCACGCGGGAGUUUGAGAUUUCUGACACCGACACACGGGUCGGAGCUGUGCAGUACACCUACGAGCAGAGGCUGGAGUUCGGCUUCGGCCAGUACAACAACAAGGCCGAGCUGUUGAACGCCAUCAAACGCGUCAACUACUGGAGCGGUGGAACCAGCACUGGCGCUGCCAUCACCUACGCCGCAGAGCAGCUUUUCAGCAAAUCCAAACCCAACAAACGCAAGAUCAUGAUUGUAAUUACAGAUGGGCGCUCCUAUGACGAUGUCAGGGCGCCUGCACUGGCUGUCCAUCGCCAAGGUGUGAUCGCCUACUCCAUCGGCAUUGCCUGGGCAGCCCAGGAUGAGCUGGAGUACAUCGCCACGGACCCAGACAAGGAGCACUCCUUCUUCGUUGAUGAGUUUGACAAUCUCUACAAAUUUGUACCCAAGAUCAUCCACAACAUCUGCCAGGAGUUCAACUCCCAGCCCAGAAACUGAAGACAGGACGGGGGAAGGGGAGGUGUGGAGAGGGACAUCUUGAUCUUGGGCUGUCUUAACAGAACACUGGUGGUAAAUUGACUCAUUCUGUUGCCCAGAUGGCCGCGCUGGAUUGGCUGCAGCGCCCCAUAUUUGAACAGGGAGGGGUUUUGAAAUUAGGUGAGGAUUGUGGGUUUGGAAAAAACUAAAUCUUAACGUGAAUCUUAAAGUAAAUCAGCAUUCGGUCCCAGAUAUAAAGACGUGCUAACGGUAAAGGGUUUGCAUUCAGAUCAUUCAUGUCACAGUGACGUACCGACAUCUCACAUACACUGUGGUGUCAGUUGUUCUCUGUUGGUGCUAUAAAGAGAACAGAGUAUUUCUAAUUAUCCUUUAAUUAUCGUACUGAUAAGUCACCCUUUAUAAAGUGUUUAUAAGUUGUAAAAAAGGGUUUUAUUAAUGCUACUACAUCAAUUCCUAAUCAGUUAGAUUCCAUACAUCACAAUGACAUCUGGGUUUUGAAACAUCGUCCUACAGUAGAUCCUUCUCUGGCAUUAAAGCUUAUUUAGCUUUUUAGUUCAUCUUGCAAACCUCUCCAAUGUGCAGUUUUACCUCUGUCCUUCUGGAAAAGGACAUCUGGACCAAAAUUCAUUCAUCAACGACUGUUCAGUUUACAAACUGCACAUUUGAUAGAUUUAAUUUGUAACUACAAGCUUGUAAAAGCACACGACAUGCUGGAACGGCAAAAGGGAUUUCUGGCAACCCUGAAGUCAAAGCCCUCAAGUACAACUCACAGGACCUUUACAAAGGGGGCCUUAUUAGGAAGUGGUGCCAAACAUAAAGCUACCUUACUGGGAUAUGGUGCUUGCAGAGAAACGUAGAUUUAAAGCAUGCCUAGCACUUCAUUUUAUGGCUUAACAGUCUUCAUUAACUUAAUAACAUGGAUCUUUUUAUACAAUUCUCUGUAAAGAGGAUAUACCUUCUUAGAAUUGGUGCAUUUUAUUCUUCCUAAUAGGAGAUUUUUGAUAGUGGGGACAUUGUUAAAGUUCCUCUCAAAGACUAUGGUGCUGAUAUUGCUGUUGGUAUGAGUGAUAGUUGAACUGAGGCUUAUGUGAAAAGCAAAUCGACAACAACAAAGAAGUGGACUUGUGUGUCAGAAGUGAGGAAAGAGGAGCUUGUGUAUCUUUGUACAGAGUGAUGGCAGAUCAUACGUGUGCUUCCAUGCAAUUCAUCGCUUUACUCAAUUUCUAACAGUGUGGCUGCUUCUGACAAUGCAGGCAUUUCUCAGUUUUGUUGAACAAGUAUUUAUGAUCUUCUUCCUGUUAAAUCCUGUUUGUACAUAUGCAUAUUAAAAGCCUUUUGCUAAUAAUUUUCA